AUGACAAGGGACUCGUUCAGCUCUAGCCGCAGGCGUCCUUCGUUCGGAAGAAGGAGGUCCCGUCAGGGCAGUGUACUGUCCACGGAAUCCUCAGCCUUGCUAGAGGAGAACAACCAUGAGAUGUUCUCUGGUGCUACCAGUGAGAACAUUCCAUCGUCAAUUUCGUCGAUGCACUUUGCGCAUCGCUUUGGAGGUCGUCGUACUUCUUUGGCUCCAGAUGUGCUGAGAGAGACCUCCCCUUUGUUAGCAGGUCGUGAUCAGAUGCGGCAGUCUACAGACACAGACUUGCGUUCGGUGACUUCUGUGUUUACGGCAGACUCUACAGACACCCAAGGCGUCAAUUUUAGAUUUUUUUCGCCGGACCAGAUUGAGUCUGCUCCAGGAGGAUCAACCCUUGAGAACCCUGAUGAUCCAAUCGACUACAACACAAAUUGGGAAUACUCUAUGGAUAAAUAUCCCGAAGAUGAUGAAAGUGAAGCAGGCUCCAAGAGACCGCUGUUUUCCAGAUCACGUCGCUCUGCAUUGUCCACUCACUUCUUCGACCAAGCUGGCGCCUCGCAAGCUUUUGGCGACGGUGGAAGAAGACCCCGAUCAUUAGAACAGCGUCCACACCAUGAAUCUGAUAACGACAGUAGCUACGGCUCCUUUAUUGAAGACCGCUAUCGCCGCAGAAGUUCUGUUUCUAGUGGACGAAGCCGUUCCAUGGACGAGCUGACAUCCGACCACCUGGAUGCCGAGACUCAAGCAUACUUUGAAGAGUUCAACCCUAGAGCAAAAUACCAGCGUUACUAUCUUGCAGAGGAGGACAUUGUCAUUGGUAUCGCGGGUUACGUUGACUGCUGGUGGAAGCAAGUGAUAUACUACUUCAUUUGUAUUUUCACGUUUGGUAUUGGCUUCCUUUUACUCCGCUGGUUCCCUCGCUAUAGAAUCAACCUCCUUGGAAACCAGCGUCCUCUCGGAAAAGCCGACUGGUGCGUUAUAGAGAAUGAGUUUGGUGAGCUUACAAUCGUUGAAGUUUCCAAAAUGCGCCUCAAUGAGCGUCUCUCACAUUUCUUGACUGUGAAUCAGUCGUCCGGAGAUGAAGAGGAACAUGAUUUUGCCGAAAUCAGCAAGGAGGCCAAUCCUGUUAUACCUUUCGUUCUGUCGUUCGAAUACCGUUAUAUCAAGUUUUUUUACAACCCAGUGGACGAUAUUUACAAGACCAACUCCAAUUGGUACGACAUUCAUUGGCUCAACAUCAAAAAUUUACGUGAAGGUUGUUCCCAGCAGCUUUACGAACAAAGGACGGAAAUCUUUGGGGAUAAUAGUAUUCAAAUCCAAGAAAAAAGUAUUGGACAAUUGCUUCUCGAUGAAGUUCUUCACCCAUUUUACGUUUUUCAGGUCUUCUCCAUCAUUUUGUGGUGUGCAGAUGAAUACUUUUACUACGCUUCUUGCAUUUUCAUCAUCUCGUUUAUUUCGAUUAUCAACUCUUUGAUUGAAACAAAAGCAACCAUUAGCCGUCUUCAACAAAUCAGUCAGUUCUCUUGUGAAGUGAGAGUUUGGAGGAACGGCUUUUGGAAUAAAAUCGACUCCAAUGAUUUGGUACCUGGUGAUGUAUUUGAAGUUGACCCUUCAUUGACCUUCCUUCCGUGUGACGCUCUUCUCAUCAACGGUGAAUGUGUGGUAAACGAAUCCAUGCUUACCGGUGAGAGUGUGCCGGUUACCAAGUCGGUUGCUUCCUCUGAAACAGUACAGUACUUGGUGGAAAGUUUCACCCACUCAGUUUUGGCAAGAUCAUAUCUUUACAGCGGAACUAAGCUUCUCAAGACCAAAUCCCUGAAUGAUGAGCCUGCUCUUGGUAUGGCAUUGAAAACCGGCUUUAACACUACCAAGGGCUCUCUUGUUAGAUCCAUGUUGUUCCCUAAACCAACUGGCUUUAAAUUGUACGAGGAUGCAUUCAAGUACAUUGGUUUCAUGACAUUGAUUGCAUGUAUUGGGUUCAUCUACUCCACCUACAAUUUUAUCCAAUUGGGUCUCUCGAAACGAAUUAUGAUUUUGAGAGCACUCGACAUCAUCACCAUUGUCGUGCCUCCUGCCCUUCCUGCUACCUUGACAAUCGGCACAACAUUUGCAAUUAACCGUCUCAAGAGCAAACUGAUCUACUGCACUGCCCCAACUAGAGUCAAUAUUGGUGGAAAGCUUGAUGUGGUUUGUUUUGAUAAAACAGGAACACUUACCGAGGACGGGUUGGAUGUGUUGGGCGUACAUGCCACAAAGAACGCCGAGGGCAGAAAGGAGAUCAUUUUCGAAGAAAUAAUCGACAAUGUGGGAACACUUGUUGAGAGAGGAAAGCAAUCAACGCAAUAUGAUGUUCAAAGUGGCCACUUUCUUCUCGGCUGUAUGGCCUCUUGCCACUCGCUUCGUCUUAUCGACAAUGAACUUAUCGGAGAUCCUCUUGACAUGAAGAUGUUUGAAUUCACCAAUUGGGGGUACACGGAAGAGUUCGAGGGAACCUCAAUGCCAGUUGUGUAUGAGAGUGCUGGCUCUGAAGCGUUUGGAUACAAAAUUCUCAAGGAGUUCGAGUUCAUUGCUGCUCUCAGAAGAAUGUCGGUGGUGGUGGAAAAGAACAACGCCCAGCUGGUCUUCGUCAAAGGUGCUCCUGAAGUGAUGUUUGAUAUUUGUGAUCCUACUACCAUUCCAGCUGACUACGAGGAUUUGCUUCACGGAUACACUCACAGUGGUUUAAGAGUUAUUGCAUGUGCUCACAAGGCGUUGGGCAAGAACGAGGAUCAUCUGAGCAUCACCAGGGAAGACGCCGAGUCCAACCUCGAAUUCGGCGGCUUCAUUAUCUUUGAGAACAAGUUGAAACCAACGACCAAGACCACCUUGAACGAGUUGAAGGAAGCAUCGAUCAGAACCAUCAUGUGCACUGGUGACAAUGUCUUAACGGCAGUAAGUGUGGGGCGUGAGUGUGAGCUUAUUGAUCCAUCUGUAUCGCAAGUAUAUGUUGCAAGAGUCGCCAGCGAUGAGGAAUUCGAAAGCACUGGGUCGACCGGGCUUAUUUGGGAAGAUAUUCACGACUCCUCACACAAGCUUGACCCUGUUACUUUGCAACGCAUCAGCACCGACAUCAGAGACGAUGUUCACGAGUACGUGCUUGCACUCACAGGUGACAUUUUCCGGUAUGUUUUGGUGGAAUUGCAGAAUGACCGGUUGAAGGAGACUAUCUUGAUGAAGUGUGAUAUUUUUGCACGUAUGUCGCCUGACGAGAAGCACGAGUUGGUUGAACAGCUUAAGAAGAUUGACUAUACCGUCGGUUUCUGCGGUGAUGGUGCCAACGACUGCGGAGCUCUUAAGGCAGCUGAUGUGGGAAUUUCGUUGAGUGAAGCCGAGGCUUCCGUGGCAGCUCCAUUCACAUCGAGAGUGUUUGAAAUUUCGUGUGUGCCAGAUGUUAUCAAAGAAGGCCGGUCGUCGUUGGUGACGAGUUUUGCUUGCUUCAAGUACAUGUCGUUGUAUUCGGCCAUUCAGUUCAUCACCGUGUCGAUCUUGUACAAGAUGGGCACGAACUUGGGCGAUUUCCAGUUUUUAUACAUUGACUUGUUUUUGAUUUUGCCGUUGGCGAUUUUCAUGUCGUGGUCGAAGCCCUUUGGGCGUCUUUCCGUACGCAAGCCUACGGCGAAUUUGGUGAGUCCAAAAGUGUUGAUGCCGCUCAUUUGUCACAUUGGGGUGAUCUUCAUUUUCCAAGUCAGCAUCUGGCGUUCAGUCAAAAAAGAGCCUUGGUACGUGAAGCCCGUGCCUUCCAACGACGACGAAAACGUCAAGUCGUCCGACAACACUGUGCUUUUCUUGUUUACGAAUUUCCAGUACAUUCUCAACUCAAUGGUGCUCAGCUCGGGACCUCCAUACCGGGAGCUGGUGUACAAGAACCGGCCGUUUUUAGCCAACCUCGUUGCAGCACUAAGCCUCCUGUUGUUCCUCUUCACGAUUGAAGAGGAUUCGUGGGGAGGGCGCUUGAUGCAGUUGACCAACAUGCUGGGCACCGCCUACCUACGGAUUGUGGUGUAUGCGGCAUUGAACUACGUGCUUAUGAAAUAUGGCGAGGAGCGGUGGUUCCAAAAAGUGGCUUGGACAUACAAGAGGGUGUUCCGGCGGAGCCUGCUUGGCAUGUCGAAAAAGCGGUACAAAAACCUCAAAGUCGAGUUCGUGCGGGUGGUUUAA